AUCCUCACAAGUCUACAAUUCCAUUAGCCAUUGCACCAAAGGUAUAUAAACGACUUGACAAUUGAACUAACUCAGUAACAGUCACAGACACGAAAUGGUCACAAUGUUCUCCGUGAUACUGAUUAGUAUUGCCUGGGUUGUUGAGGCAUCACCAAUAUCAAAUCGAUCACCAGUGCCAUCACGAUACGUCGAGACACCCUCCCGAGGGUAUCUACCGUCGCGAAAUACCAAGAGUACACAGCGUCUCGGUUAUCAUUAUGGCUACGAGAGUUUGCAGACAGGGAUGCCAGUGGAUGUUGCGCCUGUUGAGCAUGAGUAUAUCCAAAAGCCCUUCAUCCCCGUAUCAAAUAGUCCAACCGAGGUAGAAACAUCGAGGCCAGUGUAUGAAAUUAUCGAGGACGAGUACAGCCCAUCCAGCUCCACAUCGCCACCCGUCAACAUUCAUUCGGCCAGACAGACCCCAGUACCUACGGUAAACAUAAAAAAUCAAAAAUACCAUCACGAUAUACCCCCGAAUGCAGUUGCAACGGCAAUCACGACACUCGAUUGGCUGCUCGAGAACAAAGGAUACAACAGCCCAAUUCAUCCACCCCCGAGUCCAGUCAUUGCCCUCGUGUUGUCGCAGUAUGGAAGAUAUUUACCUAUCACACGCGGCCCACGUGUCUAUUCAUACAUGGCAGUAAAUAAUAUUCACAAUAAUCAGCCCUUCGGUCAAUACAAGUGGGAGACCGAUGAGAAUGGGUAGACUUCAAUAAAUAUCACUGAAAUUCGUGUGAACGAAGGGUAAAUUUCAAGUGACUGCUGAAUUAUUUUAUGCCCUCUUUAGAUCGGAUAUAUUGGAAUUUACAAAUCGAAGUUAGAAAUCCAAGAUCGCAUUCCAAGAAAAUCUACAAUUUAUUUUUCGACAAUUGAAAACUGAUGUGUCAUAAUGAAGUACAAAAACUAUAUGAUCAAUCAUCUCUGUCAACAUAUCAGGGCCAUUUCGUCA